AUGGCCUUGUGCCAAAACAUUGGAUAUGACACUAUGAGGAUGCCCAACCUUCUGGGACACGAGUCUCCAGCUGAGGCUGUACAACAGAGUGCCAGCUGGUUACCACUACUUGCCAGAGAGUGCCACCCCGAUGCUCGCAUCUUCCUCUGCUCUCUCUUUGCACCCAUCUGCCUUGACAGGUUUAUAUCGCCUUGUAAAAGUUUGUGCGAAUCUGUACGAGACAGCUGUGCACCAAUCAUGAGUUGUUAUGGCUACCCCUGGCCAGAAAUACUGCGCUGUGACCAGUAUCCUGCAGACCAUCUCAUGUGUAUCUCCUCUAUCAACAACAGCACUGUUCACACAGGGGGGCGAAGAGCACCUCAGGCAAGCUGUCGGGAUUGCGAGCUGGAGGAGGCCUCCUCUUCAAAAGACGUACUGGAGACAUUUUGUAGAAGUGAAUUUGUUCUGAAACUGCGUCUAAAACGGCUCAAGGAUAGCCUAGUAAGCCUGUCUCAGUUCUCGCUGGCUGCUAAACUGGAUGUUCUAAAGCAUGGACCACUGUUAGGAGGGGAGAUCCGCUCCCGCAUAGAGCUGUGGCUGGAGAGGGAUGCCACCUGUUUAAGGAACAUGACGCGGCACCACCCACAGGGCGGGACCUUCCUGGUGACAGGCACAGUGCAGGGGGAGCGCCUGGUGGUCAAUAAGGCUUUUGCCUGGCAAAGACGAGACAAGAACCUGAAGGCAGCUGCACGCAAAUGGAAACAUCACAGAUGCAGGAGCUAG